GAUGGGUAAGGAAGGAGUCACGUGGUGUCCGGUUUCCGGUCCAAGAACACCGUCACUACAGCCGCGAACCUUCAAAUUGAUGUGUUCGCGUGCCAUAAGAGCCCAGAGAGACCGCUGAGCACUCGAAGGCCAUGGAUUUCUCGACUCCACCUGAAGACCUAGGAGCUGUUAAAUUUGUGCUGGCGAGUCAUGAGUGGCAGUAUAGAGGAGAAGGGAACGCAAAAAUUGCCAUCAGUUUGCCAGCAGAGAAAAAAGUUGUCCUUUUGCCAAAAUCUGAUAAAACUGAUAAUAUCAAUAAUUCUGAUUUUUGGCACUGGAUCUCUACAAAUGUGAAAUUUAUUAACUGUAUCAUGAAGCCAAUUUUUGGAGACAUGUUUGUUUCAUCACCUUCUCUUGUUUACCUUUCAUCUUAUGACAUUCAGCUCUUGAAUGAAACCUUGGCAUCCGUUAGACCAGAGAAGCGCAAGGACAAGGAGCUGUUGUUAUGUGGUGGAGAGCUAUGCAGUGACCAUGUUUACCUACCCUCAAGUUUGUCAGCUUUCUGCAAGUCCAAGUCUUUUUGUAUUGAAUUGAAACCCAAGCAAGGAGUUUUUCCUCUUUCGGAAAGACAAUUUAGAAACUGUUUGUUCUGUCGAAAACAACAACUGAAGAUGAAGGAGGGUCUUGUUUGUCAAAAGAGCCUCUAUUGUCCUCUAGAUCUUUUCUCUGGGUCUUGGGAGCGUAUGAAAAAUGCUCUCGUGUCACUUCUAUGCUCACCUCAAAACAAUCUAAGAAUUUUUCAUGAUGGAUGUCUUGUAUAUGAUGAAGAUCAUUCAGACAGUGAUUUGCAGAAAGUGCUUAUGGAAUGGCUACCCUCAGUCCCAAAAUCAAAUUUAGUGGAAAGGAUUUCUUCAAUUCUACUGCAGGCUUUGACAAAAGAUUUUUCGGGAAUUGAAGGGGGCAAGGAGUCACCUGGGGGAUGGGUAUUUGAAGGCGCACCACCUUUUGACCCUGAGAUGGAGUCCCAUGUCUACAGCACAAGAGACGCAUUACCUCAUUUGCCUCAACCUCCAUGUAAUUACGACAGCCAGGAGUUACCAGAGGGUUGUAUAUUACGUCGUCUGGUAGAAGCUCAGGCUGUAGAUAAUUUGGGGACAGCUUUAGUUCACGACUUGCUGAAGUCUCAUCAACAAUAUUCAAUUUCAAUGGACUACUCUUUGAAAUCUGAGAGCAUUAAUUAUGUCAACAACAUUCUGAGCAAGGGCUGUAGCUCUGAACUCGAUCCCAUUGAGCGGUAUCUUAUUGCUGCUGUAGCGAGGGACUGUUCCAUUUUGAUAACUUUUCAGGAACUGAAGGAAGAUUGUAAAGAAGCCCAAAACCUGCCUCAAGUAGUGGAUGAAGACUCAAGAACACAUUUUUUAUGCCAUAUUGCUGCUGUAGACUUAGAACCAAAGCCAAUGUCUUGUAUUAAUUCACAAAUGAAAAAAAAGGCUUCCAUCUUGGAGGCGUGUCAACAACCUGUUCUCUGAUUUGUCUGCAAAAUAAAAAUUCAUAUUG